CCCCAUGGCUGCUGAUACUCAGUGCCUCACCUGAGCUGAGGGAUGCUGCUGAUGUUAUUGUGUAGUUGCUGACAUCUGGGAGGAGAAUCUGAGGAGAGCUCAGUUGUGUUGAUGGUCGACAUAAACAGAGUAGCAGCUGCAGCAGUUACUGUGAGCCCCAAGCAUUGUCUGAAUGGAAGCUGCAGCCUCUGCACAUCACAGCACUGUCGGUUAACCCCUGCUACUGAUGUAACAUGCCAUACCGAAGUCUGCGCCCUGCAGUAAGAGAACGGAGCAGCUAAGUGGGCUGAUUGGAAUCAUGGCCACAGACAUAACUCCGGAGGCAAUUUGGUUUUUAUCAGCUGUUGGAGUCUUGAUUGUCCUGCUAGCUGUUCUUUUCCUCAUCAUCAACAAGAAACUGUGUUUUGAAAACAUUGGGGACCUUCCAUGUCUGGACCAAAGAGGCAAAAAAAAGCAACUCCCUAAAAAGAAAUCAGGGGUUCUGCAAAGCCUUGCCCAUAGAAAUAUAACUGUGGCGUGCUGGCAAAAGUGAAAUCCUGGUCUAUCCUUCAUCAGCUGAAAUUGGUCAUGGUCCAACCCAUGGCUUCUCAGAGUUUCUUCCAGCCAGUCUCUUCAUGGAUAUCUCGCAUGUGUGAAGCUGUUAGCCUUGCAGGUGAUUCAAUAUCCGGUUCUCUCAACAACUUAAACAAAGCUCAGCCCAGUGUGGAUAGCAAACAAGACUCCCAAGAAUACCAAGAGGAAUUUGAGUACCACAUUGAAGACUUUCCUGAGGAGAAUCCAUGUUCAUCUGACAAUGAUGAUUUUGAGAAUGUGAAUAAUGUGGUCACAUCUGAAUAUAAUGAAGCUAAUGGCCAAGCCUUGGUUACAUCAGACAACACUGAAUCACCAGGAUGUGUAGGGAGUAGUUUGUGUCAUGCUGAAACAUCGAUAGUGUCAACAUCAGGCGCGAUUGUGGAUGAGGACGAAGAUACAAUUGAAACUCUUUCGACAACUACAGAAGAAGAAGAUAUAGACAACCAAAUUAGAACUCUUUUGAGGGACCUUGACAGUCCAACUUUUAGCUCUGUAGGAAUAACUAAUGGUAAGGAGUUUUGGGAAGUGAACAGUUAUGGUGAAGAUGAAGAUCUAACCUCCUCCUCAGACAGUGAUGAAGAAGUGUUUAAGCAGUUUCAGAUCUCUGUAUCACGGUCACAGAGCUUCCGUUCAACAGUCUCUGAAAAGGCAACGCAAGCAGGUUCAGAAAGUAGGCAAAAAUUCAGCCGCUUGCUCUCAAACCAUGAGGAGUUAAGCACAGAAGCUUCUGAGUGUGAAGAUUUGGAUGUCCUCUGUUAUCAGUCCAAUGAAGAAGAUGACCAUGUAUCAUAUCGCUCACGACAAGAAUUAGCAGCCACAGAACAUAAGAAUGCCACUGGUCAGGAAGCAGAUGCCAGGCCUGGUGUUAAUAAUGAUGGCUUUGAAGAUCAAGAUGCCACAGACAACUCAUCAGUGUGCAGUCCGGAGGACCAGACUGAAAGCACUAUUACACCUCCAGUCCCUUAUGUACCAAUUUCUAAAUGCGGUGAUCUGGAUGUCACACUGGAGUACAAACCUUCCAGCCAAAAGCUGACAGUUACAGUUCUGGAAGCAAAGGAUAUUCCAGAUAAGGAACGUAGCGGUGUGGAUUCAUGGCAAGUUCAUCUUGUCGUUCUGCCAAGCAAAAAGCAAAGAGGCAAGACCACUACCCAGAAAGGAUCACUGCCUGUCUUCAAUGAGACCUUCACAUUUAACAAACUUGUGCCAGAGGAGAUGCCUAACCAUGCCCUUAGGUUCCGCUUGUAUGCUGUGCAUAAAAUGAACCGUGUGAAAAUGAUGGGAGAGAAAUUGUACCACUUAAGGAACAUUAGACCAGAUUCUGAAAAUAACUUGACUCUGGUUUUGGAGCCAAGAAGCAACCUAACUAGUGGAGAUUCCCAGUUAAGUUUUACUCCAGUCUCUCACAGUGAGAGUGAUUCAUCCACACAGUCCUUGUCUCAUGGUGGGGUGCCUGAAUUGCUGGUGGGAUUGUCGUAUAAUCCGACAACAGGUCGGCUUUCUGUGGAAAUGAUCAAAGGUAGUCAUUUCCGCAACCUUGCCAUCAACCGACCUCCUGAUACAUAUGGAAAGCUUUCUCUCUUGGACUCAGUUGGCCAUGAAAUUUCACGUUGCAAAACAUCGGUCCGCAGAGGCCAGCCAAAUCCUGUCUACAAGGAAACGUUCAUCUUCCAAGUUGCUCUCUUUCAGCUUACAGACUUCACACUAAUGAUUUCCAUUUACAACCGGCGCAGCAUGAAAAGGAAGGAGAUGAUUGGAUGGAUUUCCCUGGGGAAAAACAGUAGUGGGGAAGAGGAGCAAAACCAUUGGCUGGAAAUGAAAGAAUCAAAGGGUCAGCAGGUCUGCCACUGGCACACUCUACUAGAAUCCUAAAGGGCAGAUUUGCCAUGCACAGAAUUAACACCAGGGGGAUUCAUGGAUACUUUAUAAUGCCCAUAGGCCAAAUAAACUUUUAUUUUACAGUGCUUCAAAAUGGACAAUUUUUGUUUGCACUGUACUUUUUUCACAAACCCAUACCUUGCAUUGCUGACCAUACCAAUGUAAACACAACUGUCCUGUUCAUUAACCACUUUUCUUUUAGUACCGAAAUAUAUUUUACAUUCCUCCCAUGAAUGUUUAAAAUAAAAUAGCAUAUAUAACUGCAUGUAAUACUUUGGGUGUAUGGGUGUACAAUUUCAGUGCACCUCAUUACAAAGUAGUAUCAAUAGGGACUGGGCAAUGUCUGUUGCUACUCCAGCUAUUCAUUGCAAAAAGACUUGAAAAGAGAAAAACUGACUACUUGUGGCAAUAUAUCCAAACUUGUACCCGCACAAAGGUAUGGGGAUUUUAUUAUUAUGGUGAUUAUUCUGUAGAUGUUAGUUGCAGCACAAACCCAUUUGAAGACCAGAUCUGCCAUCAGUUAUAUUUUAUAUGAGUUGUAAGAGUUGAAACACAUUCUAUUUGCAUUGUAAAUUAUACCCUUAAAUCUGGCAUCUAGUAGGGGCGAACAGAAUGAAAUGAACAAGCAUUCUCUAUAGCUGUAUGUAAGACUGGGAACCCAACCACCGAUGUACAGUGCUCUAAUGGCUCUGUUCUGUUCAUCAUUUCUGGUGCACUGGUAUCUAGGUAGGCUGGAUACACUUACAGGCACUUCACAUAUUGCUAAAAAGCACAGCAAAUUGCAUUUUAGUCUUCUGAAAGAGGGCAAAAUUGCACACAACCUCCAUGACUAUUCUCAAUUUCAGUAUUUGUAAUUAUUUGGAAUGAAUUUGAUACUGAUUCAGAAUGAAUUAUAUAUUUUCAAAUGGCAUGGAAACCAAUAAACAUUUUGCUGUA